CACACUCCCAACAACAUGUGCUCCACUGGAUGUUGCUCCACAGGAUGCUGCUCCGUCGUGAAGACCAAGACCGUGUGCUGCAGCCCCUGCCAGAAAACCGUGUGCUGCAGCCCCUGCCAGAAAACCGUGUGCUGCGAGAAGAGCGUGUGCUGCAGCCCCUGCCAGCAGUCCUGCUGCUGCGACCCGUGCCAGAAGACAGUGUGCUGUGACCCGUGCCAGAAGACUGUCUGCUGUGACCCGUGCCAGAAGACAGUGUGCUGUGACCCGUGCCAGAAGACUGUCUGCUGUGACCCGUGCCAGUCUGUGUGCUGUGACCCGUGCCAGUCUGUGUGCUGUGACCCGUGCCAGCAGGCAGUCUGCUGUGAUCCGUGCCAGAAGCCCUGCUGUGAUCCAUGCCAGACUGUGUGUUGUGACCCAUGCCAGAAGCCCUGCUGUGACCCGUGCCAGCAGGCAGUCUGCUGUGACCCGUGCCAGAAGCCCUGCUGUGACCCAUGCCAGACUGUGUGCUGUGACCCAUGCCAGAAGCCCUGCUGUGACCCGUGCCAGCAGUCCAGCUGCUGUGACCCGUGCCAGCAGGCAGUCUGCUGUGACCCAUGUCAGAAGCCCUGCUGUGACCCGUGCCAGACUGUGUGCUGUGACCCAUGCCAGAAGCCCUGCUGUGAUCCAUGCCAGCAGUCCAGCUGCUGUGACCCGUGCCAGACUGUGUGCUGUGAUCCAUGCCAGAAGCCCUGCUGUGACCCGUGCCAGCAGGCAGUCUGCUGUGACCCGUGCCAGAAGCCCUGCUGUGAUCCAUGCCAGCAGUCCAGCUGCUGUGACCCGUGCCAGUCUGUGUGCUGUGACCCAUGCCAGCAGUCCAGCUGCUGUGACCCGUGCCAGUCUGUGUGCUGUGACCCGUGCCAGUCUGUGUGCUGUGACCCGUGCCAGAAGACUGUCUGCUGUGACCCGUGCCAGCAGCCCCUGUGCUGCACCAAGGUGUGCCAGAAGUCCGUCUGCUGUGUGCCCCGGCCCUGCUGCUCCUCCUGCUGCUCCUACGUGGUGAAGAAGCCCGUGGUGGUUUGCUGCAGCCCCGUGCAGUGCUGCACCACUGUCAGGAAGUGCUGUGUCCCCUGCAUCCCCAUCCAGCAGUGCUGCAUCAAGAAGAGCUGCUGAGCCAUCCCUGGGUGGCAAAAGCACCUCUGCCAGCUCCACGUCUGGUGUGCGACGAGAACAGGCCCCAGGAGAUGAAAACCUGCUCGUUUGCCUCUGGUUCUCAUCGUGAUGGAGCCAACACGUAGGGAUUUUCUUCUUCUUUUCAAGCUUAAGCUGCUGCUUCUUUCUGUCCUUUAGUUAUUGAGUAUCUUCAAUUUAUCACCCAUAGUAUAAGGCAAAGAGCCAUUAGAUAUUAGUGGGGUGUUCAUUCUCUUCUUGGUGGUUGGGACUUGGGAGCCCUUUGCUGGCAAUGUGAUCACUCUUCAUUCCCUCUCUUGGCUUGUAGACAAUAAAACUGAGCAUUAAGCAAAAUG